UUUUAACAGUCACUUGUUCCCUCUCCCCUCCGCACCCACUGCAUAAGUCUCUACUAGGCUAGAUAUGCCCUUCCCAGGUCGCAGGAACCAAAGACAAACGCAUCCAGCGGCUGGUGGUAACCCAACUCCGCAGACACACUUCGAUGGCUCAGGCGCUUACCGCAACUACGGACAGCCCUCCCAGCAAUAUCAAGGGCACCCAAAUGCGGGAGCGUAUCAGAACUAUAAUCCCCAACAUCAAAAUGGGCAUGGGCAUGGAGGUCACCCGCCCCACAAUGCGGACUCUAGGUUAUGGGAUUGGUUCAUAGCAGUGGAUACAGAUCACUCUGGGGAGAUAUCUGCUUCUGAGCUUCAAAGAGCCUUAGUGAAUGGAAACUGGACCGCAUUCGACGUUGACACUUGCAAGAUGCUGAUGAGCAUUUUUGACACCGAUCGUAGCGGAAGCAUAGACUUCACGGAAUUUGCAGGCCUGUGGAAAUAUAUUGAAGAAUGGCAGAAAGUGUUUCACCAUUUUGAUGCCGAUAAUUCGGGGACCAUUGAUUCUCAAGAACUAUCCAAUGCCCUGCGCCAGUUCGGAUACAAUCUAAACCAUCGACUUCUUGGCUUACUUCAAUCGAAAUUCGAAUCAUUGCCCGAUGAGGGAUACUCAAUAAGGAAGUCUGCGCCGGGGAUCACAUUUGAUAGAUUCGUACGAGCAUGCGUCACCGUGAAGACGUUAACGGAGGCAUUCCAACGACUGGACACAGAUCGAGAUGGAUGGAUAACGAUCAACUAUGAAACGUUUUUGGCGACUAUUCUCAGUGCACCUUGACCAAUGUGCGGCAUUUUUCCUUGAACAGUGUCGAUGGUUUUAUGUAACUAGUAUUCUGUUGGCAGGAUGUAUAGGGAUACAUGUACUCUGAUGUAAUAGUUUGAUUCACGUUCUUGCUAAUUGUAUGAAACGCUACCUAGUCGAAGUUACAUUAAUUAAUACCGCUGCGGUCAUUGUUCGCCAGCUAGGUACACCGGGAAUGGCUGCGUGGAGUGCACGUCAUUGCUUCUCGAGUUUUGGCUGGUGACUUGGUCACAGACGGGAGGGGCGUG